AUGGAGUGUCUCUCGGACCCUCCAGCCCAGGCGGGGGCUGCCAACCAGACCGAGCUCUAUGUAAAGUUUGGCGAAACAUACUACUCCGAGGAAGUAGUCCCGCACGACUUUACAUGGUACGCAAGCGACGGCACUUUGCGAAGGUACGUAAAGGACUUUCUGCUCUAUAACCCCAAGGGGGAGCGGCUGCUAAGACUAGAAAUCGAGCUCAAGUCGCUUGGCCUCUACGGAAUAUCCAACGACUAUUCGGGGCUUGAAAAUGCCAUACUAUUCGCCAAGGCCCACAACAUGGCACAAGUGCACUCCUACAGCGAACUGGUCCACGCGAACCACCCCUCCCUGGCGCGCUGCACCGGGCCCCAGGCAAAGUCUGCUGGACGCGCAAAGGUCCCUAAACCCCACCGCAGCUUCUCGCUGCGAGCUAUCAUACACGAGUGGUUCAUAGACUACGCAGAAGAACGACAGGGACAGGCAUUCCUAUGGGUAAUAUCGAGAAACGACAUCUUCUACCGCCUGGAGGCGCCAGCCGGACGCUACGCUUCCGCCUUCUCUAACUUUUCCAUCAAAUCUGACAUCAUACGACAGUUUAUGGGCGCCUACCUAUCUACAGACCGCCCGCUGGUCAACGUGGCACAGGACUACCUAGAGGCCAACGAGGACAAGCUAUUAUGCAACGACCACACCAACACUGAACUUGCUAACCAAAUACUAGUCUUUCUACUAUCUGAGAUCAAGUACUUCCAGCUCAUUCCGCGCCACAAGACGCUCAUGGGCAAGGACGUAACAACGCUUAUCAACUGCGUGCCCGGCAGUGAACUGGCCCUCCGGCACAAGCUCCGCCUGUCCAAGGUGCCAGACGCCCCCCCGGUGCGUCCCCCCAAGCGGCGCGCCCGUCAGCGCCCAGCCCCCGCGGGCAGGCUGGGCCUGUACGAGCAGCUGCCGCGCAGGGAGUUCCCCCCGGAGUACCAGCACCAGCACAUGCUGCUGCCCCAAGACUUUGACUAUGACGCUUACAGUACCCAUACAGAGUACGAGGAAGCCAUGCGCGGGCAGUCCCAGCUGCCGCUGGUGGACGAGGCGCACCUUCGGCUGGACAACCGCCUUUACUUUAGGCGGGACUUGCCCCUGCGCUCCCUGGCGCCCUAUCCCGCCCCGGACAUACUGGAUCUGUGGCAGUUUUUGCGCAGCUACCGCCCAUUCCUACGUCUGCCGUACCUGCCCACGCUACCAGCCCUAGAGGCCACCCUCCUUAGCGAUCCGUCCACGGGGCCCGUCGACCCGCCAGACCACCCCGAGUGGGGGCGCCUGCGCCUGGAAUCGAGCUCCCUCUGCACCAGCGUCAAGGAGCUGAUCUUUUCCCAAGCGGACUCCCAGGGUCUGGACCAGGUCGUCAAAUCCCUUGAUAUGUUUGCCCUUCCCCAUCCGUUGCUUCCCUGUAUCAUCGGCAGGCUCGUUUCCCUCUACAUACCGUCCACCAGGGUGGAAAUAGAGUGCAGGGAAAUCCCGGGGCUUAGUAAGCAGGACGCCGAAAUGUGUGAAGAAAUACUCACUUCAGUGGACGGUACGGAUAAAAAGUGGCUACGGCGGUUCCGAAGGGUACUGAGGCUUUUGGCCGUGGCCCCACAGGAGGGUGAAAUACAAAUAGUCAUUGACCGCCCCCAUGUCCAGGAGAAAAUUCCACUUUCUCAGCUAUACCCGGACCUAACUCACGCGCACAAACCCCUCCAACUCGUGGACCAAGACUUGCAGAUCGAGUACGAGGGCCUGCUGGAGGCGGACAUCCCCCCACACACUCUAACGGAAUGCAUUUGGCCCCUGCUCCUCCGCCGCCAUCUAUUCCUCGUGUCGCACAAACUGCGUCGCGUCUACACCUUUACGGAUGGCGAAGUGGUCCAGGGCGCGUACGUUGACACCUGGGAGCCCUCCGCCAACGGCAACCCUCACAGGCACUUUUCGCUGAACUGGCCGCGCCUGUCCCUAUCGGACAAGCUUAAGCUGCUUUUGGAGCUCGCAUCCAAGGCUAUACAAUCGCCGCAGGCGCAGGCCUACAUCGCAGAAUGCGUCUCGCGCGGGGCCUCUACCCCCAGUGGGGGCUCAGCCCCCACGACCCCCAGCGCUGCCUCUACCCCAGAGGUAAAGGCAAAGGAAGGGGGGUCGAAGGCAAAGGGGGAGGGAUCAGAGCCAAAGAGAGAGGGAUCAGAGCCAAAGGGGGAGGGAUCGGAGCCAAAGGAAGGGGGGUCGAAGGCAAAGGGGGGGGGAUCAGAGGCAAAGCAAGGGAGAUCGAAGGCAAAGGAAGGGAAAUCAGAGCUAAAUCAGGGGGUAGUGGGGGCUAGGCCCCCACAGGGGAAGGGCGGGGGAAAGCGUGCCGAGAGGGUGGCCAACUCGGACGAGUUCCACCUCCGCGCCGAGCUUCUCGGGGAGGACCGCUUUUUCAAUCGUUACAUCUACUUUGGCGAGGCGGCUGGCUGCAACCGCGUGUUUGUUCAGUUCCUGCCCCGCGAAGGUGUGCCAGAUAAGUGGCUAGACCGUCCCGUCCUCCCCAGUGGGGGCCCAGCCCCCGCGACCCCCAGCGCUGCCUCUGCCCCAGAGGUAAAGGCAAAGGGGGAGGGAUCGGAACCAAUGGAAGGAAAGCCAGAGGCAAAUCAAGAAAAACCAGAGGUAAAUCAGGGGGUCGUGGGGGCUGGGCCCCCACUGGGAGGGCAAACGCAGCGAGUGCGCAGAAAGGUGGUCCGCAUGGACGCGGGGUUUGAGAGCAACCGCAAGCGCGCGAAGGAAGACGCAAGCCUGGGGCUUGCAGAUCUGCACCCCACGGCCCUGAAGGCGAAACCCCACCGAAGGCCCAGGCUCUUAGAAUCACUCGCCUUUUUCUGCAGGAUGCCCACGCAUUUCGACAGCACGGACGACUACGACGAGUUUAUACGGGUCCUGGCGCCCCGUAUGCGCUACGGUUACAUUGGCGGCGGCGCACACGCCAAAAAGUUCGUUGCCCGUCUGUGCCACAGGUCCCUCCGCGAAAAGGCCCUCGCCGGGCGCCUGGACCGCGUUGCGGCGCUACUAGACAAGCCCCUCGACAUGUGCUACGUCUGGCCCAGCGUACUUGCUGCCCAGGUGUGGUGCCUCACCCUGCACUUGCUAUCGUUUGAGAGGGAGCUCCUGGCCAAAAUAGGAAGGGCCGACAGCUGCCGCGGCCUGGCGGCGGAAAUUCUAUGCGAUGUCCUUCUCCGUGGAGGCCCAGCCCCCACGACCCCCUGCACUGCCUCUGUCCAAGAGGCAAGGGGGGGCGGAUCAGAGGAAAAGGAAGGGGGGGCGGAGGUGAAUCGAGAAAACCCAGAGCCAAAUCGAGAAAAACCAGAGGUAAAUCAGGGGGUCGUGGGGGCUGGGCCCCCACUGGCCAUCACGGGGAAGAUGUGCAUGCUGCUGCGCAGGCUGCACGACGCGCUGUUGGCGCUGCACGAACGGUACAGGGGCCUGGGAAUUUUGAAAGAGGAGUGGGACCACACGCGCUGGGAAAUGGAACUGGAAACUGUCCCGCAUAUCAUGCCCACGCUCUCUGUGGAGGCGGUCGCCGUCUUCGCGCUCUUUUGGCGCAGGGUGGAACGGAAUCUGGGCGACCUAGAGUGGCUACGCUCUACCCUACCCAUUUCCCCCUUUGGACGCACAGAGCCACUCGAUGACCCCUCCGUACUGACCCCCGGAAGCCGCGUUUUUGUCUUCACCACCCCACUCGCAGCGCCGGCAGAGGCCUACGGCACGCACGGCGCUGGGGCGGCCGCUGACCUCCAGGGCUGCGGCGCCCUUGAGUUCGCAACCGUGCUCCGCGCCUGGAAGGUACGCACCCCUGCGGAGGACGCCGCCUCCGCGGGACACUAUUACGCCAUACUCAUACGCACGUCCCCCCUGGACGUGCAUGAGUUCAUCGCGGGCGUUUUUCCAGAGCUUGAGGACGAAGAAAAGUCAACACGCGCCUCAGGCCUCUACGAAAUGGUUGGAGAAAUUCUAACGCAACACGAUAAAACCAGGUCCAAGUCGGAAUGCAGUGUCGCGCAGUGCAGCACUACGGGCGCUGCACCGCAGCCAGUUCAGCGCGAACUGCUGAUAAGGCUGCCUCAGGGAAUCGACCAGUGCGUAAUCUCUCUGGAUAAAAUGAAAUGCUCCUUAGCGGGACGCUGGAGACGCUCGAUGAAGUUUAGGUUUAGUGACGUUAUCCACAAGGACUGCGAGAAAUUCACGGGGUUCAUAAGCAGGAUCGACUAUGCUGCCGUUGACCCAUGGCUAAACGUCCACGUGGAGUGGGACAGGCCCAAGCCCGGCCACCCAGUGCUGGGCAGGGAUAGGCUUAACAUAUGGCAGCUGGCUCCCGCCAAGGCCUCGCACAAGCGCGAGCUGUGUGAUGACACGGGAUGA